GUCCCCUCCCCAUCCCACCUCACAUUGCAUCAUCCCAUGGCGUUUUCUCUAUCUCAUACCACCAUAAAUAUUUCUCCUUCCACUCCAAUCCUCUUCUUCUUUCAUCUCUGAAACUGAUGAAGGAAGAAGAUACAGUGCAUGUUAGCAUUAGUAAUGGAGAAUCCAUAUCAUGCACCAACUGCGCAUGGCGAUGACGGAUCCCGGCUAUCGUUAGGGUUCCCUCUUGGAACCGCCCUCCUCCUGCUUCUUAUCUUCAUCCUGAGUGGCAUAUUUUCUUGCGUAUGCCACUGGGAGAAAAUCCGCUCUCUCCGCCCAGCAGCAGCGGCUGCCGGCAUGGAUCUUGACGGAGGCAACACUCUUGCCCCCUCCACAUCUAAACCUACAAACAUGCAGGACCAAAGCUUGCCAGUUUUGAUGCCGGGGGAUCAUGUUCCCAAGUUCAUAGCAUUGCCACGUUCAUGCCAGCCUCCGCCGCCGGGAAGAAUCUUUGUUGAAGCACAGAAGCCGCCGCCGUCGCUCGGAGUGGCCGUGUCUUAACAGAUAUGCUGUUGAACCACCGUGUAAAUUAAUAUAAAACCUGUUAAUGUAUACUUCAGAUCAGUUCAAUCCAAUAACCAUUUUAGGACUAAACCAAUAUACGUGCAACCCGCACAUUUUAUUUAUAUAUACUUGUAAUGCGUUUGGUUAUAUUAGGUUUUACAGUAUUUCAUCA